AUGGACGGCAUUCAGCUUCGUGAUGAGGCUGUGCGGGAUCGCAUUCGCGCCGCAGAGGAGUUUCUCGAUCCACAGGACCCGCGCGCUCGCAGCUACCAGGCCGAGAUCCUGCUUAUGCUCAACCGUGGUCUGCGUAGACUUACUGUGAGCAUUGAUGAGAUUCGCUCUCACAGCAGAGAGAUUGCCGAUGGCCUCCUGAAUCAGCCUUUCGACUACUCUCAGGCAUUUGACCGCGCCCUAUUCAACAUCGUUCAGACCCUUCGCAAUCGUGCGACGCAGCGCGUGGAGGAAGAUGCUGUCUACUACUGCGCCUAUAUCGGCAGCUUCGGCGAGUUUGCUUGCAAUCCAAGGACACUCGCCUCGAGCUACCUCAAUCACAUGGUCUCUCUAGAGGGUAUUGUGACCAAAUGCUCGCUCGUAAGGCCAAAGGUUGUGAAGAGUGUGCACUGGAAUGAGCAGAAAUCCACCUUCCACUUCCGGGAAUAUCGAGACCAGACGAUGACCAUGAACGGAGCAGCCAGCACGAGUGUAUACCCCACAGAAGACGGCGAGGGAAACCCGCUGGUGACAGAGUACGGAUAUUGCACAUACAGAGACCACCAGACCAUCUCCAUUCAAGAGAUGCCAGAGCGAGCGCCUGCCGGCCAACUGCCUCGUGGAGUGGACGUGAUCAUGGACGAUGACAUGGUGGACCGCGUCAAACCUGGUGACAGAAUACAGCUUGUUGGAAUUUACCGAUCAUUGGGUAACCGUAAUGCUGCCCAAGGGAGUUCGACUUUCAAGACAUUGAUCCUGGCAAAUAAUGUAAUUCUGCUCUCGUCAAAAUCUGGCGGUGGUAUCGCACAACAACCCAUUACAGACCAGGACAUCCGUAAUAUCAACAAGAUCUCGAAACAGCGCAGAGUAUUCGACCUGCUCUCCCAGUCUCUUGCGCCCAGCAUUUACGGCCACGACUACAUCAAGAAGGCUAUCCUUCUCAUGCUUCUCGGUGGUAUGGAGAAGAACCUGGACAAUGGUACGCAUCUCCGUGGAGACAUCAAUAUUCUCAUGGUGGGAGACCCUUCCACAGCUAAAUCUCAGCUCCUCCGUUUUGUUCUCAACACAGCACCCUUGGCAAUUGCCACGACCGGUCGUGGUUCCUCGGGAGUUGGUCUUACGGCGGCAGUAACUCAAGAUAAGGAGACUGGUGAGCGACGCCUUGAAGCUGGUGCCAUGGUGUUGGCGGAUCGAGGCGUCGUUUGUAUCGAUGAGUUCGACAAGAUGUCCGAUGUCGAUCGCGUAGCAAUCCACGAAGUCAUGGAACAGCAGACGGUCACCAUUGCCAAAGCUGGUAUUCACACUUCACUCAACGCGCGAUGUUCGGUCAUUGCAGCAGCCAACCCAAUUUACGGACAAUACGACACGCACAAAGAUCCCCACAAGAACAUUGCCCUUCCGGACUCUCUACUCUCUCGUUUCGAUUUGCUCUUCGUCGUCACGGAUGACAUUGAGGAUGUUCGCGAUCGCCAAGUUUCAGAACACGUACUCCGUAUGCACCGCUACCGCCAGCCAGGCACGGAGGAGGGCGCUCCAGUGCGCGAACAGCUCAAUCAGACUCUCGGUGUGGGUCUAGAGGAAGAAGGCGAAGCAAACAAGCCUAGCGAGGUCUACGAAAAGUUCAAUGCCAUGCUUCACGCCGGUGUCACAAUCACAGUUGGACGUGGGUCAAAUCGUCGCGUGGAGGUUCUCAGCAUACCGUUUAUCAAAAAGUACAUUCAAUACGCCAAAUCUCGGAUCAAGCCUAUUCUGACCAAGGGUGCGGCGGAUCACAUCAUCUCUGCUUAUAGUGCGUUGAGAAACGAUGAGAUGGAGGGUAAUCAGCGAAAGACUUCCCCUAUGACUGCACGUACGCUCGAGACACUGAUUCGUUUGGCAUCCGCUCAUGCAAAGUCAAGGCUCUCGAAUCGUGUGGAGGAGAAGGAUGCACAGGUCGCAGAAGGUGUGCUCCGCUUUGCUCUUUUCAAGGAAGUCGUCGAAGAUGAGAGCAGGAAGCGCAAGAAGGCGAGGCGCUCACCCAACCCAGACGCCAUGUCCACGGACGAUGAUUCUGACAGUGAUGAUGACGAUGCGGGAGACGGGGCCUUCAGGGCGAGCACAGGACGAAGGUCUACACGGGCCCCCGGACGAGAAACAAGAGGCUCUAGGCAGAAUGGGAACUCUACUGCAGGCGCAAAUCAGGAAGAGGAGGAAGAGGAUCUCUACGGUUCAACGCCUGCCCGGACGUCACGGACGCAGCGCACCAAUGGUAACGCUGCAUCGUCAAGUCAGUUCAGCAUGGCUUCCUCUAAGCCAGCGUCGCAACUUCUGCAAGACGACUCACAAGACUUGACUGGCGCGGCUGAGGAGGAAGAGGAGGCAGAGGAUGAGGAUGAAAAUGAGGCUACGCCCAUCACAGCUCCUCGAGUCCAGGCUUUCCAAGCUGCCCUCGGUCAACUUAUCGAUGGUCCGCUUUUUGCCAACGACGCAGCGGAUGUUGAACCGCUGAUUGCAGCCGUUAACGCGCGUCUCCGUUCUGGCGAGGCACAUUUCGGCGAUGCCGAGGCGGUACAGGCGCUUGAAGAGCUGAACGAGCGCAACAAGAUCAUGUUCAGUGGUGGAAUUGUGUAUAAGAUCUAA